GAGAUCUGUAGGACGAGUUGUAGCCGCUGCUUGUCAUAUUACGCAUCCAACCCUCCGAACAAAAGCACUACGCAUCAUUUGCUGCACACGAUAUUGAUUAGAGGAACAAUAGCCAUGGAGUAUAGAUGAUGUUUGAGAAGAACAAACACAAAUUGCGCUUGUGAAAUGAACAGCGGAAAUGUAUCAGAAAGGAAUUUUAAGUGUGUUUUUUACAAUAGGUAUUUUAACCGUGACAGUUGUUGCAUUAGAUCAUGACAAAUCUAAAAGAGAAACACCAGCAAAUAACGUCACUGUGUACAACUCUAUCUACGGAUAUAGGGAGUAUAAAGAACUAUAUCCAGACAAAGAACCAACCCUCUGCUUUGACAAGAAAGGUGUUGAUGUGAAUGGGUCAGUAUUCAUGAACUUUACAUGUCCACUUCCUGACCAGGACAAAGGACUAACAGACUGUUGUAACAAUACCUGCUGUAGACCAAAGAUUGUCAAGAAAAACGGCGGGGAAGAUAACUCUGUCACUGUUGCGGUGACGAUAGUGGUGGUGUGUGCUGUAGGAAUAAGUGUCUGUAUGGUUCUGUACUGCUGUUGCUGCCAAAAAAGACCCGGAAUCCAUGAAGGAAAACUUGUCUGGAUCAAAAAGAAAAAGGACAAGAUUGUUUAUGAAGAGGGUGGUUUGACACCGGAUGCUGGCAGUCCUGAUAAGGAUGAUGACGAAGAAGUACUAGGAUUUGUCUAUCCUCCUGACGAGAAAGGUCACACGGAUCACUCUCUCGAGAAACCUCUAGAGGUGAACACACCCACUUCCCAGAGAAGGAUACUGCCUGAGGGUAAAGAAAAGAACGGUGGGGUGGAGAAAGCUGACAGAGAUCUCACGAUUCCUCUCAUUACAAUACGUAAACCCAGUACAGCAGGUCAAAUGCAAGACACCUGAAUCACAUCCUAAACCUGGUUCUUAGAAAAUGACAGAGCAACGAGACAAGCAUUUAAGAUCAUUUAAACACAUAUGCAACUAAAUUCUUCCCUAAUUUGUCGUGUUUCUUGGAUAUUUUGCUUGAUCAUUGAUUGUAAUAAGAUUUUAAGAAGACUAAAUAGGUAUUCGGUGUGGAGUUCUCAUUCAUGUGCUGCCUUAUACAUGUAUGUGCAUACAAUUUUUAUACAUUUAGGAUUGGUUAUUAGAAAUAUCAAGAAAACUGAAUACAGGACUAUUGAAAAUGGAAAAGAUUGUUUUAAUUAAAUUAUUGAUAUUUACUACAUAUAUUAUAAUAACUUUGUCCGCAAAUGUGAAUAUUGCAAGCAAAUAUUGUCAUUAUAAUACUAUUGAAGUCCUUAAUUCUUCCAACUUUGUGUUGAUGUUAAGUAUUCUGUGUUAGUAAAUGGGGAGAUAGAAAUGAUCGCAUUUUGUUAUAGUAUAAUAGUGAGAUGAUAUGCGACUUGUGUUUUUUGAAUGGGAGAAUGUUUUAAGUAAGGCUAUCUUUAUGAGGUACGUGUGUGUGUGUGUGAUAUUUUAUACAUGCAAUAAAUUUAGUGAAAUUUGAUCACGCAUUUGUGCAUGUACCUUGCACCAAAGUUUUUUUUUAUAUUUUUUUCUCUAAAUGAUUUACUCAUGUCACGAAUUUAUGAAAUAAAAUACAAGAAAUAA